AUGUCCAUUAGAGCAUGUUCCUCGGGCCUGACUGUGCCAGCCAAUGCAGCAGUAGCUCGUGUUAUGCUCGGGGAGGGUCUAUCUAGAGCACAAACUAUCGGUUCUAUAUUGAUAGUAGUGGGUGCGGUAUCAGCUAUGGCCUUUGGGUCCUCCGACGACCAAGGUUCUGAUCAAAGCAUAGCAGGGCUGCUCUCAAGUGCAAGGUUCAUCACUUUUGUUGCGGCGACAUUUCCUUUUUAUCUGUUGGCUUUCACAGCAUCGAAAUGGUCUAUGAAGACGCAUGUCGCUAUUGAUGAUCAUAUUCCUGUCAGCCACUCCCAGGUUCAUAAACGUCGGCUCCGUCGUGCCGUGGCCCUCCUUGCCCUGGCCUUCCUUGGUGGAUAUCAAUCGGCAGUCACAGCUCUUGCUGGGAAGUUCGGUGCGCAGUACAUCGCAGUGGAGGGUCUAGCAGGUAUUUCCCAUGGUCAAGCUGGUGCCAGAGAACAUGGUCAUCGUAGAGAACUUUAUCGACAUCUUGCUGAGGACAUGGAUACUCAUGUUGUCACUGCUGAUUUGAGAGGGUACGGAGACUCUACUGGGUUCCCUUAUGUUGAUGGGAUCACCGAGGAUAUCAGGACGGUCACUGACUGGGCCAUCGAUAAUGUUUCGAGGGAACUAAACUUACCUCUUUAUGUGUAUGGUCAUUCUUUGGGAGGCCCAGAGGCCGUCUAUGCGGCUCUCCAUGCACUUGAUAGAAACCAGCAAGUCAGCGGGGUGAUAUUGGAAUCGACAUUCCCUACCUUUGAGGAAGUCGCAGCUGACCAUAUCUCUACCUGGUUCUUAUGGAUCUUCCCUCGGUCCAUCAGGCUGGGCAUUAUCCGAUGGGGCUUCUUGUUCGCCCUCCAGGGCUCGGAGUUCCGCUUCGAUACGGCCAGGCUACUGCGAGAUUUACAAGGUCGUGACCCGCAAAUACCCAUUGUGAAUUUGCAUGGCACUAAGGAUUGGGAAAUAUCUCCUAAUGCAAUGGAGGAGCUGGCAGACUGCGUUGAUAGUGUUAACUACACUAAAGUUCCAAUUCGAGGGGGUGGUCACAGUACUAAUAUAUAUCCUCCUCAAGGGGAGCAGUUCCUCGAAUCCCUCAAGAGCUGGUUCUCUAAUGUGGAAGAACAUCAUUGA